AUGGUCAACAAUAGCCGAUGGCAGCCGCAAUCUAUGGAGGGUGCUUUGGAUUGCCGGGAGGACAUGCUCAGUGAGUAUCAACCCUUGGCGAAGCCGAAAAGCGAGGUAAUCAUAGGUCAAAUUCCGUCAUACGUCCGGAAAGCAUUUCUGGCUAAAGGAAUUAGCUUCCAAGACAGACUUCGCUUGCAUCAGCUUUUGGAGAGGGCUGUAAUAUUAUGCUACGAGCAUGAAUGUCACCAGAUCUGGUGUCGAGAGAUUCAAGAGAAUUCCAUGAAGGUCGCUGAACCGUUUUUGAGAACCACGAUUGACCCGUUUCAGCAUGCUCAUGUGCAUCGCCAUGGCAGCGGAGAUUCACCAUCUGAAAAUGGCCUACUCAAAUCUGUUGCGAGCUAUUAUAGGAGCUUUAUGGGAACGGUCGAUAUUUUGGCUGCGGCUGCUGAUUACCUGGACAUGGUCUUUACAAUGAAAACAUUUCACAAAUCCACUCGGAGUGUGUGCAUCCAGGCUUUCAAAGCGGGCGUGUGCAAAUCUCGAGAUGUCUAUGAACUCAGAGAUGGCGUUCCUCGUGAGGACCUUCCUCGUGAGGACCUUCCUCGUGAGCACCUUCCUCGUGAGGACCUUCCUCGUGAGGACAGCAUGCAGUACUUAAAGCGAACUUUGUGGGAUCACAUCAUUGCUUGGGAGAAGUCGUUCGUACAGAGACUGGCGUCGGAGAAAAUGGACGAAGCAUCUGGUAAUGAACAGGAUUCUGGCGAGCAUCACUGCGAGGUUGUGAAUCGUUGCUACCGAUGUUAUCGCGCCGUUUGGAAGGAGCGUUUCCAGGUGAUAUCUGAGCUGAUGGCACAUCUGGAUAUUGCGGACAUUGCCGCCGCUCAGGUCGCAACAGACAUGGCUGUCAGUGCGGUUUUGGGUUCCUUCCGGAACCACCAGUGUUUGGGCACGUUGAGACGAGUCAUCAACCAGAUGGAGGAGUGGUACCAAGAUGCAUAUAAGCAGAGUUACUCGCGGGAAGAACUAUUCCAUGGAAAAUUAGUGGCGAGGCUUUUCGAGCCCAAUGGUUUCUGGAUCUCGGCAGCUAAACCCCGACUAUUAACCUUCCAGUUCUCUGACCUAAAUGGGCGGGCUAACCCUCAGAGUAACGGCCAAGAGCAAAAGGGAUGUUUCGUAAAGAAACGGAGACCAGAUACUGGAGAGGGAAACCCGCAUGGAAUGUACAGUGGGUGUAAUGAGGAUACACGUAGUCCGAUUGAAGAAGAGGAGGAGAUACUGCCUAUGGAGAGGGCCCAUUCAAGAUGCCCAGAGACGAAGAUAGUGAGGCUGGAUGUGUUUGGCUCAGAGACGCAACCUUCAGCACAGUCGGUUUCACUAACGGUGUCGGCUUCCACAUUGUUUGAGUCUGGAGCGUUGCUUGAGUGGGAGACCUGGAGAGCCUUGGUCUCAGGCUUGGUGAGAGGCACAAGUGCGUACGAGUCUUUGCUCCAGGCUUGGGGUCGCCUGGUAACAAACGUGACCACUCAGGUGCUGAAGGCGGUGCUGUCAAGGUCUUCUGACGAGCAAGUCGCAAGCGCCUGCGCCGUCACUGACCAAAUGAAAGUGAAAAUCAUUACCACCCUCUACUUCCGGUUUGUCGCCAUGGUAGUGACGGAGCAGGGUGGCACAGCGCGCACUCCUGAAGACGGAAACGCUAGCGCUAGUGCUAGCAACAGCGAGGGGGUGGGGUAUGUUGAGUACAGAGUGUUGAAGGAGUACUUUGGUCAUGCAUUUUCGUCUGUCGCCAGGGGAGAGUUGCUCUCUGCUUGUCUUGUUAACUACAUUGAGGCUCUGUGGGUCGAAGGCUGCGAGGAUGAGACAAGCUACUUAGAAGUGCUGCCAGUGUUCAGGGUCCUCGAAGACAAGGCUUUGUUGCAGAAGCUGCUGGAGAGCAAGCUCAUAUCGGUGCUGCUAGUUCACCGAAUCAAUACGGUGACCGGACUGAACAUGGUAAUCAACCUUCUGAAAGACGAAUGCGGAGACAACUACGUCAGCCAAUUACUCAGCAUCAAGUCAGACUGCGAGAAGUCCCUACUACAAUCCAAAGGCUGCAACAUUCCCCGGAUCUCCGUUCGAGCGCUCUCUCUACGAUCGUUUCAAACAAGACAAAUCGAGACACAUGCUCGAAUUACCAACACGAACAAUCUUUGGUUCCCACAAGACUGGAAACUGCCGGGAGACGUAGCCGCAUUGGCGGGUCAGUACGCUGACUAUUAUAAAAGUCAAUUCAAACACCGGCUACUAAUUUUCGACCUGAGAGCGUCUUUCGCACACAUUGAAGAUAGGCGCACUGGAGACAGUCUAGUUGUGUCCACAAGUCAAUAUUUAGUAAUGACUCUUUUAAGUCAGAAACGAAGUAUGUCACGUGCUGAGGUGACCGAAGCGUUCGGGGGGGAUGCGGAGACCGCCCACCUCGUACUCGAGACCUUGAGCAAGACAGGCCGUCCAUGCAUUAAGGAGAUUGAGCCAAAUUGCUACGCGCUAAUAACGAGGGGUGAGCAGUGGGGUACGAACCGGCUGUCGGCUCACGUGUGUCCAGAGCAAUCUUCUUCGUGCGUUAAUUACCACGAAUUGUUGCUUCAAUCGGAGGCCGAGAGAGAUCGACAGAAGCGGGUCGAAACUUCGGGCUCGUCCGAAGCCGAGGCCCGCGAGGUACCGUCUUUCUUCAGAGAUAUUGGUCUCGAGGCUUACAUCAUGCGAUUCUUGAAGACCAAUUCGCACGCUAAAUGGGAUCAGCUCUUCCUCAUUUGCCAGAUGGAGUGCCGCCACCACGGAAAUCUCACAAGAGAACUCUUUGACGGGAAGGUUCACAAACUCAUAUCCAGGGAUUUCAUUAAACAACAGGGGGACACUCUCCAUUACGCUCAAUAG